GUUUUCGUUACAUCCACCCCCACUGCCGGUGCGAUGGAGCAGAAUCCAAACCAGCUUGAGGAUACCCAUGUGGAAGUCGAUUCUGAGCCUGCCAGCGACGGGGACUCGACCUAUGGAGGCGGCAGCUCUGGAACCUCGUCCGCCUCCCUCUCAUCCUCGGUCCUCAAUUACACCUAUGAAAACGGCCGCCGAUACCACGCAUAUCGAGCCGGGGAGUAUAUAAUGCCCAACGACGAGGAAGAGCAACAUCGUCUUGAUCUGAAGCACCACGUGUUCAAGUUGCUUCUUGGAGGAAAGCUAUUUCACGCCCCGAUCCCACCAAAUCCACAACGCAUACUUGACGUCGGCACGGGCACGGGCAUCUGGGCAAUUGAAGCUGCUGAUGAAUACCCAAGUGCAGAGGUUAUUGGUAUUGAUCUGAGUCCAAUUCAACCUACAUGGGUGCCUCCGAACUGUAAAUUCAUAGUCGACAACGCGGAAGACGAGUGGCCCUAUACGCCCAGCGCGUCGUUUGAUCUGAUUCACUGGCGCGUCUUGGCUGGGUCUAUAAGGGAUUGGCCGCGCCUGUACGAGCAAGCUUAUAAGCAUCUGCGGCCUGGAGGGUGGAUUGAGGCGCAAGAGCACGACGUCCGGGUAUCCUCUGACGAUGACACGGUCGAAAAUGCAAAAGAACUUGUUCGGUUUUUCAAACAAGUGGACGAAGCAAGUGAGAAGACUGGGAAGAAGAUGGAUGUCGUGGCUGAGAGCCAGAAGCAGUGGAUGAUCGAUGCAGGAUUUGUUGACGUGCAUGACGUGGUUUAUAAAGUACCGAUAGGAUCGUGGCCUAAAGACAAAAGACUCAAGGAAAUCGGCCUGUAUUACCAAGCGCAGUGCCUGCAUGCUAUUGAGUCCAUCAGCAUGGCUCUCUUUACUCGCGUGCUAGGAUACAGCUACGAGGAAGCGCAUCUCAUGAUGAUAGGCCCUCGAAAAGACAUGAAAAAUCGGGACCUUCACCUGUAUAUGAAGUUUCAUUUUGUGUACAGCAGAAAGCCAUUGCCAGGUGAAAUUUCACAAGGACAAUGAGGCUAUUAUAGGAGAUUUUAGUGCAGGAGAUGAUAAAGUAAGGUACCUACUGACCUCUGUCGUCUCGAUGAGUCGGGCUCGCGAUCCACGCCCGCCCCAUUGUUAUGCGGCACCCCCCUCCCAGCAGAAGUUCUGCUAGUAUCUACUUUGCGUAUUACCCUACCUAAUGUCUAGUACGUAUUGUCUGUAUAAGGUAGUUAGUGUCACGGUCAAGGAUUCUGUUAGACUGGAUUAACGUUGUUCCAGGCUCUAGCAUUAAG